AUGGCUACUCAGCUCCCUCCUCUAUUGGCCGAGUCGAAGAUUAAUACGAAAGUUUCAUAUAGGCGACUGGGACAUAGUGGUCUUUGGAUCUCGGUUCCCAUUCUCGGGGGUAUGAGCUUUGGAGCAUCUGAAUGGGGUCCAUGGAUUCUCGAUGAAGAAAAGGCGCUGCCGCUGCUAAAAGCUGCCUAUGAUUGUGGCCUCAAUACUUGGGACACGUCAAAUAACUAUUCCAAUGGGAAGUCAGAGGAAAUCAUUGGAAAGGCUAUCAAAACUUACAAUAUCCCUCGCCACAAACUUAUAAUUCUUACCAAAUGCUGGUCGCCCAUUAGCGAGCAUGAAAAUGUAUAUGUUGUACCAUUCGCAGAUGCAAUGCGAAAGGAUAAAGAAUAUGUCAAUCAAUUUGGACUUUCUCGCCAAGCUAUUUUCAAUGCAGUCGAAGCUUCUCUAAAGCGAUUGGGCCUUGACUACAUUGACGUUUUCCAGAUUCAUCGAUUUGAUCCAUAUACUCCCAUUAAAGAAACGAUGGAAGCACUUCAUGAUCUUGUUCGAUGCGGAAAGGUCCGCUAUAUUGGUGCCAGUUCGAUGAGAACUUAUCAGUUUAUAAUGAUGCAGUCCUGUGCUGAGCAGCAUGGAUGGACCAAGUUCAUUUCUAUGCAAAAUCAAUACAGUCUGCUGUACCGAGAGGAGGAACGCGAAAUGAAUCGCUUUUGCAAUGAGACAGGAGUUGGACUUAUCCCAUGGAGUCCUCUCGAUGCUGGCCGCCUGGCUCGUCCACUUCAGCAAGUUGGUUCUACUGCCCGAUUAAGAAACACCGACCCAGAUGAUAUUCCUGCUCCUGACGCCAUGAUAAUUCAAAGAGUGAAAGAGUUGGCCAAUAAGAAGAAAUGGACGAUGAGUCAAGUCGCUUUGGCUUGGGUGAGUCGUCGCGUGGUGAGUCCCAUUGUCGGCUUUUCUUCAGUAGAAAGAAUGCAAGAAUCGCUCAAUUGCGGGGAGAGAGCCUUGGAAAACGAAGAAGAAAUUUAUCUCGAGGGGCCAUACUUGCCAAAAGCCAUAAGUGGUCAUGAUUGA